AUGAAAAAUGCCUGCACUGGUUUACCAUUGGCCACUGACGCCAUAUAUAUGAUCUUAGGUUCUUCAAUUGAUAUACAGCCUUAUAUACCCCCCGCCAAACGUAUAUAUACACCGGACACGAUGAGUUACACUACUAGACAAGUUGGUGCCAAGAAUUCCUUGGAUUACAAGGUUUACAUUGAAAAGGAUGGUAAGCCAAUUUCUGCUUUCCACGACAUCCCAUUGUAUGCUGAUGAAGCCAAUGGUAUCUUCAACAUGGUUGUUGAAAUUCCACGUUGGACCAAUGCCAAGUUGGAAAUUACCAAGGAAGAGCCAUUGAACCCAAUUAUUCAAGACACCAAGAAGGGUAAGUUAAGAUUUGUUAGAAACUGUUUCCCACAUCACGGUUACAUUCACAACUACGGUGCCUUCCCACAAACAUGGGAAGAUCCAAACGAAUCUCACCCAGAGACUAAGGCUGUUGGUGACAACGAUCCAUUGGAUGUCUUGGAAAUCGGUGAGCAAGUUGCUUACACUGGUCAAGUGAAACAAGUCAAGGUUCUUGGUGUUAUGGCAUUGUUGGACGAAGGUGAAACUGACUGGAAGGUCAUUGCCAUCGAUAUUAACGAUCCAUUGGCUCCUAAGUUGAACGACAUCGAAGAUGUUGAAAAGCAUUUACCAGGUUUGUUGAGAGCCACCAAUGAAUGGUUCAGAAUCUACAAGAUCCCAGAUGGUAAGCCAGAAAACCAAUUUGCCUUCUCCGGUGAAGCCAAGAACAAGAAGUACACCUUGGACGUCAUCAGAGAAUGUAACGAAGCCUGGAAGAAGUUGAUUUCUGGUAAGUCUGCUGAUGCCAAGAAGAUCGACUUGACUAACACCACUUUGUCUGACACUGCUACUUACUCAGCCGAAGCUGCCUCUGCUGUUCCAGCUGCUAACGUCUUGCCAGAUGAACCAAUCGACAAGUCCAUUGACAAAUGGUUCUUCAUCUCCGGUUCUGCUUAA